GUGCUGGAGAGUCUGGAAAAAGUACGAUCGUUAAACAGAUGAAGAUCAUCCAUGAAGCGGGCUACUCAGAGGAGGAGUGUAAGCAGUACAAGGCCGUGGUCUACAGCAACACCAUCCAGUCCAUUAUUGCCAUCAUCAGAGCGAUGGGACGCCUCAAGAUUGACUUUGCCGAUGCAGCGAGAGCGGAUGAUGCACGGCAGCUGUUCGUCCUGGCUGGAUCAGCAGAAGAGGGCUUCAUGACAGGCGAACUAGCAGGGGUCAUUCAGCGGCUGUGGAAAGAUGGAGGAGUUCAGGCCUGCUUCAGCCGCUCCCGGGAAUACCAGCUCAACGACUCUGCAGCAUACUACCUGAACGACUUGGACAGGAUAUCCCACGGUGCUUAUGUGCCCACCCAGCAGGAUGUGCUGAGGACCAGAGUCAAAACUACUGGUAUUGUGGAAACACACUUCACUUUCAAGGACCUGCACUUCAAGAUGUUUGAUGUAGGCGGACAGAGAUCAGAGAGGAAGAAGUGGAUCCAUUGUUUUGAGGGAGUCACUGCCAUCAUCUUCUGUGUGGCCCUGAGUGACUAUGAUCUGGUUCUGGCUGAGGAUGAGGAGAUGAAUCGAAUGCACGAGAGCAUGAAGCUGUUCGACUCCAUCUGCAACAACAAGUGGUUCACAGACACCUCCAUCAUCCUCUUCCUCAACAAGAAGGACCUGUUUGAGGAAAAGAUCAAAAAGAGCCCUCUCACAAUCUGUUACCCAGAAUACGCAGGCUCAAACACCUACGAGGAGGCAGCAGCUUACAUUCAGUGCCAGUUCGAGGACCUGAACAAGAGGAAGGACACCAAGGAGAUCUACACCCACUUCACCUGUGCCACCGACACCAAGAACGUGCAGUUCGUGUUCGAUGCCGUCACUGACGUCAUCAUCAAGAACAACCUGAAGGACUGCGGCCUUUUCUAAAGGCAACACGGUCGGCCGGCUUACCAAGUGACUUUGUUCAAGGGGACUCGGACUGGAGGGAACUUCAGGGACCCUGCUGAGAAUGUCACUUUUAACCUCUUAUUAACUUAUGUUCAUCUCUAAAAGUUUUAAAGACGGUGUGUAGAAAAAACAUUUUGUGUAAAGUAUUUGUACAACUGUCUAUCGCGGGGGAUUUUUCACAGUUUUUAAAAUGUGCUUGUUUUACCUUUAUCAUUAUUUUAAAUUUUUAUAUAAAAAGGGGGGCCUUGACUUUUUUUUUUUUUGUCCAUGAUUGAACACUUUUUUGUCUUUUUGUUUGUAGGUGCUUGUGCCUUGCAUGCCUUAGUUGCAGUGUUUCUUUUUUUGUUGAGUUAGAUGUUAGGUUUAUGUAGAUGUUGACCCCCCCGACCCCCGACCCCCGACCCUCUGCAGUCCAUAUAAUCUAUUUCUUUGAUUAUUUCAUUGUCGCAUAACUUUUGCCUCCUUGGACAAACCAAGCAAGACCAAGUCACUCUGUAGACCAAUUCACUCUGACAUACUGUGAGAGCUGUGUGUAAACCUUUUCGGAUGUGUGGUUUGCGUGUGUGCUGCGAGUGUGUGUGUGUGUGUGUGUGUGUGAAUGUUUGCACAAUAUAAAACAAAGGGACUUUAUUCCUCUACUUGUCAUCCUCUAUCAAAGUUUUAUUUUUCUAAUCGACCAAAAAAAAAAAGAAAGAAGCUACUCUCGCUAAUUAAUGAGUGCACCUUGAUGGUGCGCCGCUACAAACUGUAACAUUCCUGAUUGAAUCAUGAAGUAAAGAGAAGCUUUGAUAAGAGGAUGCCAAUGGCGGCCUUGUAGCAGACAGUAGGACCAUAUGUAGAUCUGUGUUCAGUGCGUAGACAGACGGUUAGGUGGCACUGUUAUUGAUCAUGAUCUGUGAUGGUUUCAAGUUACAUAUCCCCCCUAUACCCCAACCCUCUGUUUUCAUUGGACGGGCACAUUAGUGGACUAAUCUCCAUGAUUUUGCUAAUAAAAAAGCUGCUGUGGUAAAACCAUGGCAACUUAUGCAAUAAACA